CUUAGCUUGGCCAUACUUGAAAAUAUUGAAAGGUUGACUAGUAUGAAGGACAAAUUUAGACGUUGAAAUAAUUUGACAUUUUCAUAUUGGAAUUUGGAAGAACCAUUUCACCAAUCAUCAUUACAAUAAUCCAAAAAGGGACACUUAACAGAAACUUUUUUUAAUAAAAAAAAUGUAACGGUUCAAUUACUGUGCCAAUAUGAUGGAAAAUAUUGUAAAAACAUACAAAAAUGGCAGAUCAUUUCUCUGCUUACCAGGAGAAAGACAGACCAUUGGAAAAAAAAAAUUUGAUCGCUUUCAUAUUAUAUAGAAUAGAAAGUUCUAUUCUUUUAUGAAAUUAAAUUAAAGAUUCUAUUUAUUUAUUUAUUUAUUCAAGACAAAGAAGAAGAUCAUAAAAUUCGCUGCUCAUGAAUUUCCAGAAAAAUUGAUGCAUUUUUGGUUCAGUGUUGACAGCAUUCCAGCCUUGGUUUCCUGCUUCUUCAAGCAUCGAUCCUGAGGCUGGUUCUGGAGAGCAAGAAAUACCCAAUUUUGAUUUUGAGAUUUUUUAAUCUUAAUGUGGGAAGAAUAUCAAGGAAAAAGAAAGAUUUGAUUUUCUUGUUUUUUGUAAAUUGUAAAUAAAUAUUGGUGGGAUUUUGUGAAUAAAUAUGAGUGUUGUUUCUGGGGUUAUAUCAAGGCAAGUUUUGCCAGCAUGCGGUAGUCUUUGUUUCUUCUGUCCUGCUCUUAGGGCGAGGUCGAGGCAGCCUGUUAAGAGGUACAAGAAAUUGAUUGCAGAUAUUUUUCCCAAAACCCAGGAUGAAGGACCAAAUGAUCGGAUGAUUGGGAAACUUUGUGAAUAUGGUGCAAAAAAUCCUCUGCGUGUUCCAAAGAUCACAAAUAAUCUUGAGCAGCGGUGUUACAAAGAAUUGCGAAAUCAGAAUUAUAAUGCUGUGAAAAUUGUCAUGUCUAUCUACCGAAGAUUAUUGGUCUCUUGUAAAGAUCAAAUGCCUUUGUUUGCAAACAGUUUGCUAAGUAUCAUGCACAUUUUGUUGGAUCAGACAGGACAGGAUGAAUUACGGGUUAUAGGAUGCCAGACUCUAUUUGUUUUUGUUAACAACCAGAAAGAUGGGACUUACAUCUUCAAUUUAGAAGACUUUAUUCCAAAGCUUUGUUUGCUAGCACAAGAAGUAGGGGAAGAGGAGAGAGGAUUUCGUCUUCGAGCAGCUGGACUGCAGACUCUUUCUGCAAUGAUUUGGUUCAUGGGUGAACAUUCCCAUAUGCUAGCUGAAUUUGAUAAUGUUGUUUCAGUAGUCUUGGAAAACUACACAGCCCCUCAGAAGAACACAGGGGAUGACACAGGGAAGCAGGGAUGGGUGCAAGAGGUGCAAAAUGAACAGGGUCAUAAUGCAGCUUCAAAUGAUAUUUUAAAGAUUCCUACUUGGGCAGGGGUUGUAAAUUCUAAGGGGGAAUUAAAUGUGUCAGAGGAAGUAGCCCAAAACCCGGGUUUUUGGUCAAGGGUUUGUCUGUACAACAUGGCUAAGCUAGGCACGGAGGCUACCACCACAAGACGUGUUUUGGAAUCCUUGUUUCGUUAUUUUGACAACGGAUGUUUAUGGUCUCCAAAAUAUGGGGUUGCUAGUCCUGUUUUGAAGGAUAUGCAAGAAGUGAUGGAAACAUUUGGUCAUAGUUCGCACUUUUUGUUGUCGAUAUUGAUCAAGCAUUUGGAUCAUAAAAACGUACUUAAACAACCCGAUAUGCAGUUGGACAUUAUUGAAGUCACUACCACCCUGGCCGAGCAAGCAGAAGUCGAGCCUUCUGUUGCUUUGCUUGGUGCUAUAAGUGAUGUUAUGAGACAUUUGCGCAAAAGCAUUCAUAGCUCACUUGAUGAUUCUAACCUUGGUUCUGAGGUUAUCAAAUAUAACAGAAGGUUUAAACAAUUAGUAGAUGAUUGCCUCGUGCAAAUAACCCAAAAGGUUGGAGACGCAGGUCCGAUUCUUGAUAUUAUGGCUGUCAUGCUAGAAAAUAUUUCCAGUAUUACAGUUAUAGCCAGGACUACACUACUUGCAGUGUUCCGAACUGCACAAAUUAUUGCUCCCUUACCAAAUGUUUCAUAUCAGAACAAGGCAUUUCCAGAGGCUUUGUUUCACCGAUUGCUUCCAGCAAUGGUCCAUAAAGAUCAUGAAACUAGAGUUGUGGCUCACCGUAUAUUCUCUGUUGUUCUUGUACCAUCAUCAGUAGCUCCUCGUCAAAUUUCAGCUCUGCCUAUGUCUGGAAAGGCUGCUCAUAUUCCGAGGUCUCUUUCUAGAACUGUCUCGGUUUUUUCAUCCUCCGCUGCGCUGUUUGAGAAGUUAAGGAAGGACAAAUCAGGUAGUAAAGCGAACAUUCCUAUUGAGGUGGGAAACAAUAAUGGUGGGAUGCUCAAUAGGUUGAAGUCAUCUUAUAGUCGAGCACCGAGUACCAGGACCCCAAUGCAUGUAGUACCACCCGAGGGAAAUUCUCUAGGAAACUUGAACAAGGAAGUGGCAGGAUGCUCUCUCAGGCUGAGUAGCCGUCAGAUCAUUCUUGUUUUGUCGUCAAUUUGGGCUCAAUCGAUCUCUCCUGAAAAUACACCCGAGAAUUAUGAGGCAAUUGCUCAUACAUACAGCCUGGUUUUGCUGUUUUCUCGUGCCAAGAGCUCUGGUCAAGAGGCACUUGUUCGAAGUUUCCAGCUUUCAUUUUCCUUGCGAGGCAUUUCUCUAGCAGAAGGAGGGCCCCUUUCACCAUCACGUUGUCGAUCACUCUUCACUUUGGCCACAGCAAUGAUCAUUUUUUCAGCAAAAGCUUACGAUAUCCCUUCGCUUAUCUCUUGUGCCAAGGCAACACUUAACAACAAAUCGAUUGAUCCAUUUCUAAGUUUGGUUGGAGACAGCAAAUUGCAGGCUGUCAAUAAGAAUGCUUCUAUACAAUUUGGAUCCAAAGAGGAUGAUAGUUCUGCUCAACGAUAUCUAUUAGAAAUCAUAAUCUCUGAGGACCAAACCAGGGAAUCCUUUGCUUCUGAAAUUCUAAAAAGUCUUGAAAAGAUGACGGACGCUGACAUGUGCAAUGUAAAGGAGCAAUUGCUUAGUGAAUUUCUGCCAGACGAUGUGUGUCCUCUAGGAGCGCAGAUGUUCGAGAAUCCUUCCAAAAUAUACGAGCUAGAUCCUCGACAAAGUGUAUGCCAUGACGAAACUAUUCCUCUCUUUACGAUUGAUGACGAUUUAACGAGUCAUAAACAGCCUAAGCCGGAGUUAUUACUGACUGUAGAGAAUGCUAGUCUCUUGAGUGUCAAUCAACUUCUGGAAUCAGUCGUGGACACAGCUCAACAAGUAGGAAGAUUUUCUGUUUCGACCGCCCCUGAUUUGCCUUACAAAGAAAUGGCCAGUCAUUGUGAAGCUCUUUUGAUGGGUAAGCAGCAGAAGAUGUCCAGUUUGAUGACAGUGCAACAAGAAAACUUAUUCAGCCUAUGCAUACAAAAUGUCGACCUUCAACCGACAAACACAGCACCUUAUUUACAGACAGGAAACCCUUUCCUUGACGAGAACUUUACAAUCCCCGUGUGCACAACACCGCCACCUUUUAGUCCCGUACCCUUGUUAUGUGCAACAGAACACCAACAUCAGCCACAUCAGUUUAGGCUUCCGACUACAUGUCCUUACGACAACUUCUUAAAAUCCGCGGGGUGUUGAUUGAAAAAUAGUACGAGACAUUCGAAUGUUAUAGAAAAACCGUAAAAAAUAUCUAUGCCGCACACAACAGGCGUUGCGGACAAAGUAGUUAUAGGAUCAAUCAGCUACUUGUGAAGCAGAGAUUCCAAAAAUUCAUUUCAUUCCUUUUUUUUUGUAAGCAGUUACUGCAUACAUGUAUCUUAUGGGAUUUUUUGAGUCUGUAGAUUACAGUACAGUUUCAGUUUCCAUUUUGUAAAAAAAGAAACAAUUUAUGAUCAAAUUAUUGUUGUUGGCACCAAAUGCUUUCUAUAUAUGGAAUAGCAGAAACAAGAAGAACUUGAUUGUGUAUAUUUGCCUGAAAAUUUAUGAAAAAGUGAAUUGUUUUGGAUGUUUUUUUUGCCAAUUAUAGUCUUAAAGUUUGGUAGAUUUGAAUAU